GCCACUGGUGGCUGCAUCCUUCCCGUAUAUAAGAGAUGGAAAGAGGGGGAGGGUCAGCUGUACCAGGAAACCUUGAAUCGGAACAUGGACGACUUUCGACCACAGGUGAAGAAGGUGGCCGUGGCCAUGGGCGCUUCACUCACAGAGCAGGACAUCGACCGCAUGCCACGGGGGGUGAAAACACAGGGGGUUUUCAACUACAGCCGCUUUCUGGAGUACAUGAAGCAGUUCAAGACCUCCGAGGAAAGAGAAGAGGCCAUCAAGAAGGCCUUCAUGGAGCUCGACAAAGACAGCAGUGGCUACAUAGAGUGGAACGAGAUCAAGUACAUCCUGUCAGCUGUACCCUCUGCAGCUCCAUCAGCUCCUCUGUCUGACGAGGAGGCGGAGGCCAUGAUCCAGGCUGCUGACGCUGAUGGAGACGGACGCAUCGACUACAGAGAGUUCUCAGACAUGGUGAAGAUGGAGAAGAAACCCAGGAAGUAGAAGUCAUGUGGUGGUUCCAGGCUCCAAUGUUAG